GCCGCCCCUUCUUUCAAUGGUAGACAAACACCAUGCUCUUUGUGGCGGCGUGGUGGUCUUCUGUAUCCCUCUCUCCGUCUCGCUCCUGUUUUUGUUGCGGUUCUAUCUCACCAGACUUGGUGGAGGACGUUUGAGGCGCGCUCUCCAUUGAAAAUCCAGCCAUCACCAAUUUUUUAUUUGUAUUAUUCUUGCUUGUUGAAUCACUGGAAUCCAUCCAUUUUGCAGCCUUCACUGGAAGCUGGUUGUGCCUACAAAUUCAUUGCUGGCUCUCCAUGCAACACCGCCAUCAACUGCCUUGCUAGUCAGGAUCUUACCCCCAUUCCUAUUUCAUGUCCUGUUUUUCCCAGGAUGCUUUCUUCUGCUCACGUACAUCCUGGGCUGACGGUUGGCGGUGUCGCUCUUUGAGUGGGUAGAUAUUUCACCGAACCCCCGGAGGAGAGAGAGAGAGAGAGAGAGAGAGAGCGAGAGAGAGAGGGAGAAAGAGAGAGAGUCAAGGCGUGCAGCAGCAAGAGGGGACCCUUUCUAGCGCUAACGGCCAAGGGUGGAGGAGCGGGGGGGGUUUGAUCCGGGAGCAUGGCUGCCAUGGCGUUGGUCCCCAGCUACAGCCCUUCGCUGUGGGUCCGGGUGUGCCACGCCCUCCCCCGGCUGGACCUGACCAUGGUGAUGAGGGACAACAGCUUCAUCCCCGACAGCUGGGAGUACCAGCAGACUCUGUUGGUUCUGUCCAGCUUGUCAGCCGUCGCCCUCGUUAUCUCCCUCCUGGUGGUCCUCUCCUUCCUCAUACACUACUGCUGCUGUCACCGUGGCGACCGCAGCGAGGGAUCGGAGGAAGAGGAGGAGGAUGAGGAUGCCAGCACCGGUCACGGCUACAGCGGGCGGAAGGGGCGGGGCAUCUGCUGUGUCACAUGGGUGGCGGUGGCGUCUGUCACUCUGUGCUGUGUUGCUAUAGGCGUUGGUUUCUACGGCAACAGCGAGGCUAAUGAUGGGAUGUAUCAGUUGACCUCGUCUCUUCUCACAGCCAAUUAUACUCUCGCUUCUAUCGAUCUGCUGAUUGCAGACACCAUCAGUGGGCUGCAGGUGUCCAUUUCCGGCCCUCUGUCCUCCAUGGAGGAGCUGUUCGCCGGCAGCAAACCCUUUCUGACGUCCACGCGCAACUGCCGCCGGCUAUCGGACAACGUGAUCAACCUGCUGUCCUCCAUUUCCAUGGCCCGCUCAAGUGGGGGUCUGGCCAACGAGAGCGCCAGCAUAGGGGCCCCCAUCGCCGCCCUCACCCCGGCCCCCCCGUCUGUCGCCCCCACCAUUUCCCCAGGCGGGGGGAUCAUGCCCAGCCCCUUCUCGCCCGGCUGGGCCGCCAACACCCUGAUGGUCAACGAGGACUACAGGUGGCUGUCCUACGUGCUGCUUCUGCUCCUUGACCUCAUCGUGUGUCUCUUCAUCUUGCUGGGACUGGCCAAGCAGGCUCGCUGGCUACUCAUUCUGAUGACCGUCCUGGCCUGGCUGGCCCUGUUCCUCAGCUGGGGAUCCCUGGGCCUGGAGACUGCCUCCGUAGUGGCUCUCAGUGACUUCUGCACUGACCCGAACACGUUUGUGCUCAACUCCACUCACUUCAACUCUGGGACCAGCUCAGACGUGCUGGAUUACUACCUGACGUGCAGCCGGCGCAUGAACACUCCCUUCCAGCAGCCUUUGACCCAGUCUCAGAGGGCACUGUCCAACAUCCACACCCACCUCUCCAGUCUGGACCGCAACGCUCUGGCCCAGUUCCCAAAGGCCGAGAAAUCUCUCAGGGAGGUGCAGCAGAUCCUCAACUCCACCGAGGGGAACUUCCACCAGCUGGUGGCCCUCCUCAACUGCCGCGGGCUCAACAAGGACUACAUCGACUCCCUGAAGGGGCUGUGUUACGAUGGGAUGGAGGGCCUGCUCUAUCUCUCCCUCUAUUCGUUCCUCUCUGCGCUGGCCUUCACCGCCAUCCUCUGCUCCCUCCCUGGGGCCUGGCGCAGCUUUCCCAGUGACUCUGAAGACUACGAGGACUCCGACAGCGAGAGUGAGGACCCCUUCACCUCCCAUCAGGCACGUAGACAGACGACCGCGGGGUCUCAGCGAGGGGCCCUGCCCCCCUUCUAUAAUUACCCGGGGGCCAGCUGGACACCCCCCUUUUCUAGCGCACCGCCCCUCCCGACUCCAAACGUUUCCUCCAAUGGCAACCCUGGCUAUGAGAGCCUGCCGUUGACUGACAGGCAGUCCCCACCCCCCUCUUACUCUCCCAGCAUGCUGACCGGUUACGGGGGCAGUAGUCAAUCGCACCCCAACUCUUCCCAUUCGAGGAACCUGUAUUCACGCUGAUUUUCUUUCCGUCGUUAUUUGAAAAAAGAAAUGUAUAGGAAUAAAAGUUUUAAUUUUUCAUAUGGACACUUUACUGAGAUGAAAAGACGAAAACUAAUCUAAAUAAACUGAAUGCUAGAUGUGAUUUCAAGAUUUGUAACGUCUUUACCAUUUAAAAAGAAAAAAAAAUAAACUGUAAAAUUAAA